AUGGUUGAUGCAGGCAUGACCAUGUCCUUCCGCACACAAAAUUGCCCACCUCUUCUUCUUGGAGUUGCAACCAAAAACAGGUCUCACAGCAGAACCAAGUCAAGCCCAUCUGUAUCUGUUGUGCAAGUAUCUUCAGUCCUGCAAACCAACGAGAGCGGAAAUCUGCCUGAAUCUAAGAGAUCAAGCAUGCCUCUAACAAGAUUCCAAGCCCCCAACUACAUACUCAGCCAGCCAAACACAGUUGGUAUCAUUGGAGGGGUGUCUGUUUUUUCAAGUCUGCUUUUCUUGGAGAAGCUUGUCUGGUGGAGUCUAAAAGAUGGAGGAGAAUGCCCACCUUUCGUUGUGUGCAGUGAUCCAACACUAUAUAAAGAGCUUCCAAUUCGUAGCUUGUUUCAUUCAUUCACAAGAUCAAGAGUUAGUGCUCAAAUCCUAUCCAACAAUUGGCCCAUCAUUGAAAGCUUGUGCCGUAAACGGGCAUUCCUUGAGCACUCUGGAGCUCGCUGCAUAGUCAUGCCAUGCCAUCUGUCUCAUGCGUGGCACGACCAGAUUUCUGAGGACUGUUCGUUGCUCUUCCUUCACGUCGGCGAGUGUGUUGCUCGGGAGCUCAGGGAAGCAAAGCUGAAGCCACUGGAGAAUGGAAGUAAUGUAAGGAUUGGGGUGCUUGCUGCUGAUGCAACUUUAAUGGCUGGAUUUUACCAGGAAAAGCUACAAAGUCAGGAACAGGGUUUUGAGGUUGUGGUACCUGACAAAGAAACCAUGGAACAUGUUGUGAUUCCUGCAAUCGAAGCAAUAAAAAGGAGGGACAUGGAAGGGGCACGAAAUCUCUUAAGAAUUGCAGUGCAGGUUCUGUUGGUGAGGGCGGUGAACACCGUGAUCAUUGCUUCUGAUGAACUGCAGGGUGUUCUGCCUCGUGAUGAUCCUCUUCUUAAGAAAUGUAUUGACCCCAUGGAUGCUUUGGCAAGGUCAACCAUAAAAUGGGCAAAUGCUACAGGAAAUGGUGGCUAA